AUGAUAAAUGAAUAUGAUGAAUUAAAGGCCGGUUUGGGAAUUGCGGAACUAUGCGUUAGACAAAUGAUGGAUGAAGGACUGACUGAAGAAGAAGCACGUGGAAAUAUUUUCUUACUAAACAGCAAAGGUCUUAUAACUAAAGAUCGUGCUCAUACACUCACCGUUCGGCAUCAGAAAUUUGCAAAAGACCUUCCUCAGAUGACCAGCUUACUUGAGGUUGUAAAAGCUGUGCAAGCAAAUGUGCUUAUAGGAGUAUCUACGGUCAGUGGAGCAUUCACACCAGAGAUCUUGAGCGAAAUGGCCAAGAUUAACCCACGUCCGAUUGUUUUCGCUCUCUCAAACCCGACCAGUAAAGCUGAAUGCACUGCCGAAAAUGCUUACCGUUAUACCAAUGGUGCGGUGCUUUUCGCUUCCGGUUCUCCAUUUGACGAUGUGGAGAUGAAUGGCAAUAUCUACAAACCCGGUCAAGGCAAUAAUUCGUACAUAUUCCCCGGUGUGGCAUUGGCUGCGGUACUCUUCAAGGCAAAGCGUGUUCCUGAUAAGGCGUUCCUGAUCGCUGCAAGGCGAUGUGCAGCUUCUGUAACUGAGGAAUCGUUGAACAAAUACGCUCGAGUAUAUCCGAGUACGGAGGAAAUUCGCGAAUUGUCACUGAACAUUGCGGUUGAUAUUGGAAACCAUCUCUACGAGGAAGGUCUAGCAACUCUUCACCCAGAACCUGAAUACAAGGAAAUGUUUAUUCGAGAACAACUGUACAGUUACGAGUACGAGCCAUCGAUGAAUGAGUUGUACGAUUGGCCUGAGACGGAUUGCCGUGUGGGCUUCCCUCUGCCGGAAUCCAGCGAUCAUCACUGA